CUCGCUCUCCGAUUAACGCGCACAACUGUCAAUCACGUGGGCUCGCGGCUCUGCUUACAGGUUUGGUCCAAGGUUGUGGCAGCGCUGCUAUCCGGCUGGUGCAAGGAGCAAUUGUUUUACUUUGUGGAUUACUUUUUAAGGCUGCAUUUUAGAAGAUUUAACGCUUUGGAUAUAUCGGUGUUACCCCUUUGAUUGUUUCCUUCAUGGCUACUUCUUUUUAUACAAUUGUGUUAAGCUGCUUUUUAAAACGUUUCUUGAAAAAGUACAAUUUCAACUUGUAUUAUGACCUUUUGGUGUUAAAAAGUUAAUUCUGCAAAAAGGAGAUUUCGCUAUCUUGUCUUCAAUGAGCAGGGAUUAACUGUUUGGAUCUAUUUGGAAUUAACGAGCUAAAGGAAGUCUGAACUUUUGGUUUCUUUGCUGGGGUGGUGGAGAGGAUCACAGACCUUCAGCACGUUUUCUGACCCUGUGGAUCUCUCAUCAGGGCGAUUUGAAGGGUCGGGGUUGCAGAGGGGCUAGCCCACCCGGUUGAAGGUAGAUAUGAGGUGGCUGAGACAUGCGGGGGCUGCUACUGUAGCCUAAACAUGUGUAGCGGCUGAUGUUCGUUGUUCACCCGCUUCUAACAACUGUUUUGGGAGCUGAAAAGAUGGUCUCCGGGGCUUUGUUUUGGGAGUAAACUAAAGAACUACAACUUGGUUCUGCAUAUUGUUUGUACAACUCGUGGGUUACGAAAAUGGAUGUAACAAUUUCGGAAUUAAUUAAGCGUUUUGUACAGAGCCCCUUGGUGACCUGGGUGAAAACAUUUGGGCCAGUUGGAGAAGGCAACAGUGAAGACAGCCUAGCGAUGUACAUGGACCUAGUGGAUGGGGUGUUCCUGAACAAAAUAAUGCUACAGAUAGAUCCCAGGGCAACGAGUCAACGUGUGAAUAAAAAUAUUAAUAAUGAUGUGAACUUGCGAAUUCAGAAUCUCACCAUUUUAGUUAAACACAUGAAAAGCUACUAUCAGGAAAACCUUCAACAAUUGAUCAUUAUGAAUUUGCCAGAUGUUCUUAUGAUUGGCAGAGACCCACUUUCUGAUAAAAGCAUGGAAGAAAUGAACAAGUUGUUGUUACUCAUGCUUGGAUGUGCUGUGCAGUGCUCAAGGAAGGAAGAGUUUAUUGAGCGGAUUAAGCAGCUGGACAUCGAGACACAGGCAUCUAUAGUGACACACAUACAAAGGGUAACACAUGACCAGGAGAAUGUAUUUGACCUUCAGUUGCUUGAACAUCCUGAUAUGACUUUGGAUGAGCUUGAGACACUUUCUAGAAACAUGGCUGUCCAUCUCAAGAGGCUGAUUGAUGAGCGGGAUGAAUUUUGUGAGGUAAUUGUAGAUCUUACCCAAGAGCGAGAUUAUCUUCAGUCCCAGUCUCCACCAAGCCCAGUGAAGUCCUCCAGUCCUGAAAAGACCCAGAACUCCACGGUAAAUCUUUCCAAGGAAGACAAGCAGCACCUGGGUGUUGAAUUGGCAGACACAAAGGCGAAACUGAGGAGAAUAAGACAAGACCUGGAAGAAAAGUCUGAGCAGCUAAUUGACGUUAGACAUGAACUGGACCAGUUGCAGACAGAACUACAAAAACUGAAGCAGGAGAAUAUGCAGCUAAGUGCUGAUGCCAGGCUAGUACGAGCAUACAGAGAUGAGUUGGACUCCCUUCGAGAGAAGGCCAGUCGAGUGGACAGGCUGGAAGCUGAGCUUGCCAGGUGCAAAGAAAAGCUGCAUGAUGUUGAAUUCUACAAAGCUCGCAUGGAGGAACUUCGAGAAGACAAUAUCAUAUUAAUUGAGACAAAGGCCAUGUUGGAAGAACAGCUGUCAGGUGCAAGAUCUCGCAGUGACAAACUACACGACCUGGAAAAGGAAAACCUGCAACUGAAAUCCAAACUCCACGACUUUGAAAUUGAUCGGGAUGCAGAUAAGAAGCGAAUUGAAGAGCUAUUGGAAGAGAACAUGGUUCUAGAGAUUGCACAGAAACAGAGUAUGAAUGAAUCUGCACAGCUUGGUUGGGAAUUGGAACAACUCUCCAAGAGUACCGACCUCUCUGAUGUUCGGAAGUCAUUUGUUUUUGAAAUGAAUGAGUCUGCAUCAAGCCGAAUUUUAAAGCUGGAAAAAGAAAACCAAAGCUUGCAAAGUACCAUCCAGGAACUCCGAGAUGUUUCAUUGACAAUGGAGGGAAGCAACCUCCGGGUUCAGGAACUGGAAAAGGAGAACCAGCAACUCCAUAAACAGAUUGAGGCUGUUCAGUUUCAGCUUGAACAAGAAAAGCAAACGUGCCAGGACAUGGAGAUGUUAAGUGAAGAGCUUCUGAAGGACAAAGAGCAGCUUAAGGAAAUAAUAGAGAAUGUCCGUGCUGAGAAAGAAAGACAGAUUAAAGAAUUGGAACUGGAGAAUAAUCACCUUAACCAGACCGUCACGUCUUUACGUCAGCGAUCACAAAUCAGUACUGAAGCUAAAAUAAAAGAUAUUGAAAAAGAGAACAAAUCACUUCAUGAAGCUGUCAGAGAGACAAGUAGUAAACUCAGUAAGGUCGAAUUUGAUAAAAAGCAGAUGCAGAAGGAACUCUCACACCUAACAGAGAAGCUGGAAAAAGCAGAAGAGCAAGAAAAGACCGUCACUGAACUUGAAAGGGAAAAUGAAAUGUUGCACAAAAAGGUAGCUACGUUGAGUAUAAUUUGUGAGAAAGUUGAGGUUGUUGAGCAGGAGAACUCUACUCUAGAGCUGGAGUACAGGAGACUCAAGAAAGCAUUUGAUUCUUUGCAGAAUGCUACCAUCAAGCUAGAAGCUCUAGAAAAAGACAAUAAAGAGCUGGAUGAAGAGAACCUGGAACUUCGAAGGAUGGUGGAGACCUUGAAGUUUGCCAGCAAAAAAAUGACUCAAGUGGAGCUUGAAAAUAAAGAGCUGGAACAGGAAAAGGAAGAAUUACAAAAAGAAGUUGAGGAGUUAAAGACACGGAGCAAGAAGUACGAAAGACUUGAACUGAGUUAUCAGGGAGUGGAGUUAGAGAAUCAAAGACUUCAGCAGACAGUCGAGAACUGCAGCAGAAAAAUACAACAGCUUGAGAAGGACUCUCAGGAAACAAAAGCAGAAAGACAGGUUCUUCAGCAAAGGCUUGAAGAGUUGUUGAUCUGUAGUUCUAGAGCAGAGACUCUAGAAAAGGACAAUAGAGUUCUUAAGCAAGAAGUAGGUCAACUUGAGAAAGAUAAGAAGUCUUUGGAGAAGGAGACAAAGAGGCUUUGGCAGCAGGUAGAAUCAAAGGAUGCCGCUCUGGAUGACAACAGUCUCAAGCUUGAUGCUUUGGAAAAAGAAAAUAAAACGUUGGAAAAAGAAAUGCUCCGGUUCAGAGAGUCUUACAGUAAAGUGAAGGAACUCGAAAAAGACAAUAAAGAGCUUUUGCAAAAAACGGCAGUCGAUGAGCAAAUGCUAACCGAGCUGAGGGAGGAGCUGGUCCUUGAGAAGUUGAAGAUCCAGCAGAUGUGCUGCGAUAGGGAGAAGAUGAAUCUGGAGCUGGAAAAGAUCGGUUUGAAUGUAGAGCUGCUCUUACACGACGAGCAGAAUCAUGAUGAAAAGAAAUACAGAGUCUUGGAGACCAAGAAUGAAAUGGCACUAAAGAAAAAACUGGAAAGUAAAGAGGGACAAAUAGCAGAACUGGAGACCCAGGUCCAGGAGUUUUUCAGUAUAAAUCAGCAGUUACGGAAAGAACUGGAUGGGGUGAAAAGUGACUUUGAAGCAGUCAAGCAGAAACAGGCAGAGGAGAGGUCUGUGCAGAAUUCUGUCAUGGCCUCUAUAGAAAAACUGCAGCCUGUCCAGCAAAUGAAGGAGAAAUGGGAGCUGGAACACCGGGAAACUACCAUGGAACUGCUGAAAGUGAAGGACAGAGUUAUAGAUCUGGAGAGAAAUAAUGCAGCUCUGCACGCAGAAAAGCAGCUGUUAAAGGAUCAACUAAGGCAACUGGAAAACCAAAACAGCUCCCUAAAUAAUCAAAUCCUGGCACUGCAGACUAAUACGUCCUCCCUCCAUGAACACAACUCUGCCCUGCAGACACAGACAGCCAAGCUUCAGGUGGAAAACUCAACUCUGAGCUCCCAAAGUGCUUCACUUCUGGCCCAGAAUGCACUGCUGCAGAGGCAGCAGGUAACCAUGGAGAAUGAGAUGGAUGUCUUGCUGAAGAGGAAUGAGGAGAUGAGAACGACUCAUGACCUGCUGCUUCAAGACCACGAACGUCUGGUAACGCUACAUGAGCAUCAAUCGACUGAGUAUGAAGCACUAAUAAGUCAAUACAGCACCUUGAAAACGUUACACCGAACCAUGGAGCUUGAACGCAGAGAACUGGAAGAAAGGUUUGAACAUCUGAAAAUGGAGAAGGUUGAAUGGGAAGCAAUGGAAAAAGUCUUGAAAGCCGAGCAUGAGAAAAUGCAUCUAGAGAAGCAGAAAGGCACAGUUCUCCUCAGCGAAAAUAAGAAACUGCAGGAAGAACUGCAGAGGGCAAAUGUACGGCAGAGCCAGUUAAAGGAGGAAUAUGAUGGGCUACAGAUACACACCAAAGACCUAAAGACAUCCCUUAACACUGCACAGCUAGAGCUCAAUCGUUGGCAAACCCGUUACGAUGAGCUGAAGGAUCAACACCAGAGUAUGGACAUCACGUUGACGAAGCUAGAUAACCACUGCGAGUUGUUGACUCGUCUGAAAGGGAAUUUGGAAGAAGAAAAUCAUCACCUGAUGAGUCAAAUCCAAAUGCUAAACCAGCAAAAUCAUGCACUACUUGAACAAACCAUGGAGAGCAAGGAACUCUAUCAUGAGGAGCAGAAACAGUACAUUGACAAACUGAACACCUUAAGAAGACAAAAGGAAAAACUAGAGGAAAAAAUAAUGGAUCAAUACAAGUUUUACGACCCUGUGCCAAAAAAGAAAAAUCACUGGGUUGGGGCAAAAGCAUUGGUUAAGCUCAUCAAACCAAAGAAGGACAGUAACAAAGAGCGAUCAAAGUCAUCUUCAGAUACUCAGCCGUUACAGCCUGAGACAACAGAUGUAGCAGCAGCAUCGUCAGCAGCACCCACUACAUCGUCAUCAUCGGCAGUGGCGACCACAUCAGCAGCACAGUUGGCACUGCCAUCUCAUCCUCCAAAGCCACAGCAUGAGGGUGCUGAUAAUGGCUCAGCAGCACAGAAUGCAAUAGAGGACAAUCACAUUGCGUCUGUCAGCAAAGCCAUGAAUGACCUCGGUCAUAGGCAGAGAGAGCUUUCAAGGAGUACAGGUAACAACGAUAGUUUGGAACUUUCAGAGGAUGCACCACUUCGACAUCGGCUGAUUCAGCGAACGUCAAAAGCCUACUCCACAUCAAACAUCCACCUGAGUGCCUCCGUUCCCACCCCCAGCUCUGCUAGCCGACAGCAGAACAGACCUAAAGGCUUUAAGUCAAAUGACGAUCUUCUCGAGCAGGCGUACGAGACUGAUUUCCCUGAUACUGGCCAUAUAGUCCCAGGUGUUAGACCAAACAGCACAGAAAACAACAGGACUGCAUCAAAUAACAGCUCACCUCUUAGCCCAAAAGGUUCCUCGGAUCAUAUUCCUGGCAGAUCUGAGAGUCUGAGCAGUGACGAUUUGGUACCAAGUCGAGACAUGGCCGUUGUAUCAAAGGAUGGUUAUCUCUAUCGUUCAAGUUCGGCUUAUGUAAUUGCUGCCAGCAGUGGAAGGCAAGCACAGUCUCACUCUCAGAAUGGUUUUGUGCCCUAUGAUCUACCUCAGAAGAGCUCGCCUGUCCCACAUUGGACCCAGAAGCAAGCAAGGGCCUCCUCUCCAGGCAGUGAGAUGGUGACAUUGCAGGAAUUUUUAGAAGAAAGCAACCGAUUAUCACCACCAAGUGAAAAGCUCAAUCCUAGGGAUGAUUUACUGGGAGAUUAUUUUAGGAAAAUAAAUGACCCCCCUGCUAUUAGGAACCAGCUUCUUCAAUCUGUCCGAAGAGAAAACCCUAAGAUGACUUCUAGCUUUGUCUCACCAGUUGUUAAGGCAUCAUUUGAAUCCACAGAAGAGAGGGCUGCUAAACCAGGACAGCAUGUACCAUCAAGUUCAAGGCACACUGAAAUUCCCUGCCGUCAAAAUGUUGCUAGUUCUGGUAGGUCAGCACCGAUGCAGCAGAACCGGCCGCUCAGUGCAUUCAGUGCAACAAAGCAAAUGCAACAAAUGCAGCCACCUAGUAAUGUAGGGAGUAAGGACACUUCACUGAGCAGGGCAUUUAGUCUGGCAUCCACAGAUCUUCUCAGGGUAAAUGGUCCUGAUGACAACAUACAGGAGCUUCCACAGAAACCACCACCAGACAUUUCUGGAGGGAAGGACACAAGAGACCCAUCCUGGAGACCUUCUACACAAAGUGGGAUUCCUGUAACAAUGAGAGAGAGGCCACAGUCUGCCAGAGUAUCAGGAACUUCUGGGCAGGGCACAGAUCUUCGUUCUCGAACAUGGGAUCCAAGACGAUUGUCUCAUACUGCUCCACUGGAUGAGAGAAAGUUACCACUUCAUCAGCAUUCGGUCUCUUCAUUUUCCCUUAACAGCUCAAAUUCACAACAGCAGGAUAGACUUGGACCUCCCAGUGGGCAGCAGCUUUACUCCUCAACUCAACUUCCUGUGUCGAGAAUGAGAAUGAGACCACCUUCCAGGAGUGGGGAAGUGGCCAUGGUGUCACCAGGCAGGGCUGCACCUGAUUACAGUGGGGACGAAGGUGCACGAAUGCAAAAUGUAACAGAUGUGCAGAUUUCCAAAACUCAGACUAGGCCAGCAGAGGGCAGUCCUGCUACACCUGGCAUAGAAGACAUUAACCGGUCCAGUCCUAGUGCUGCAAAAAAUGCCUCCGAAUCACCAGAUUCGAGCACAGAACAGCAAACAGUGUGGUAUGAAUAUGGUUGUGUGUGAAACUGUUUCUAAAACAUGCCUUCUAUGUAUAUAUAUAUGUGCACAUGUUUAUAGAAAAAUAUAAAAACUUGAAUUUGUCUUUUUUUCUGUGGAUUCUAACUGUAAUGGAUCAUAAAACUGUGCCAAGUUCUAAAAGACACCAUAUAUGGUUUGAUCAUUUUUUUAAGCAUGCACACUAAGUUUUAGGAAAUAAGUCCUGUGUUAUUGCAAAAGGCACAAUACACAUAUCCAUUUCAUGUUAGUAAAGACAACCGAUUCAUUAAUAUUCUUGUUUUCAAUGUGUAUUCAGUCAUAUUAUGAAGCAGGAGUUUCAUAUUCCAAACCUUCAUCUGUAGUAUAAGCAAAGUCUAACUUGUAUUGGAUUCUGUGUUCAUAUGGGCUGUUAAAAGAACAUUACGUGUAGUGAUAUAAGCAGUGGUCUAACCUGGAGAUAGUUGUAUGAACUGCAAAAGUAAAAAAGGCUGUUAGAAUAUUGCAUCGUAAAAUGGCCUGACACACCAUUUUAUGCAAAUAUAUAUAUAUAUAUAUAUAUAUAUAUAUAUAUAUAUAUAUAUAUAUAAAAUGGGUUUCAAGUGACAAAAAGUUUUUUUAACUGAAAAGGCUUUGUUUGCUAUGUUUUGUUUGUACGGGUUUUACCCUCAGUAAUUAACUUUACAACUUCUCACUUGUUUUUCUGUACAGCGGCAACAAAAUGGGUUUUGGAUUUAGAUUGUCCAGUCUGCAGGUACUCAAACUGCAUAAUGGUAGUGUGAAUUUUGUGGGUCUUGUUCGUUUUUGACACAUUCAUGUUUUUACUUUGAAUGUAUAUGGCUUGACUUUUCAGUAGGACAUUCUGUUUAUCAAGAAAUAGAUAUGAUUUCUUUUACAUGUUUUAUACCACAGUGUGUCAGUCAUUUGCAGAAACAGUUCUCACAAAAUUAGCAGCUGUCUUAAUCAUCUUCUGAGAUUGAUUUAGCUGCUGUAAUAUGGAAGGUGUAGGUUAAGCACACAUUGGUGACCGCUAAAUUUUGUACUAACAUGGCAGUUCUGUCCAUGGAUCCCCAACAGCUAUCCAUCUAAAUAUAUGUGUGUAUGUAUGUGUGUGUGUAUAUAUAUAUAUAUAUAUAUAUAUAUAUAUAUAUAUAUAUAUAUAUAUUUAUAGUGUGAUGACACUAUGGGUGUAAUCUUAGCUGUAGUGUGGGAAAUCAUGCACUCACAAUUUCAAGUCCUAUCAGAGCUAUUGAGUUUAAAAGCCCUUUGCUGUCAUACUCUAUAACUGUAUAAUUCAGCAAGAACGUAAAUUAUUCUAAAAAGAUUUUACAUCUGAUCGAUUUAGUAUUUUAAAAUUAUUUAUAAAUAGUUUGCAUUUUCUGUAUGCAACUGGAUCGUUCCUGACAUUUGCAGAAGCAAUAUCGUUUGUAGUACCGUUUUACAUGUUCUCCUUGUAGUUAUGUCUGCUGUCUUUAACGCAUAAGCAAUCUGUUUUUAUCAACG